AUGUCAUCAUUUUUCCCAUUCCUUACUGCUGAUGAUUUUAAUAAAUCGCAUUCACUUGUUCAUGAACUUUUAAAACAUGGAAAAUUCCAUGCAGCUUCUGCUGUUAUGAAAGAGUUAUAUAAAAAGAAUGAUAAAAGUUGGGUUAUUUCAUUAUUAAUUAAUCUUUGUAAUGGUGCUGUUCCAUCAACAUGGAAUGCAACAGAAGAUAUUCCAUCUGUAUUUCAUUUAGCAUGGCUUUCAUUUUUAUUGUAUAAAUCAUUUAAAGAUAGUUCAGAGAAAUCUGAUGAAUCACUUUUUACUUUAGACCUUGUUGGAGUUGAAAAAAAAAUACAUUUUGGUAUUCUUCUUGUGGAUGCAAUUUUCCCUAUUACAGAUAUUCCUGAAGAUAGAAAACGAUAUUUUACUUCAUUUUAUGCAAUUGUUAAUGACCCUUCAGUUGCUCAUUUAGGACAAGAAGAAGUUCAAUUCCUUUGUGAAGGACUUCAAAAGAAUCCUGUUCACUUUGGAUUAUUAUGUCAAGAAUUAGUAAAAUUAGUAAAUGAAAAUGAUUUAGUAACAGCAAAUGUGUUGAUAGCAUAUUUAGAUACAUUUAAUAGUUUACUUUCUCAGGAAGAUUAUAAUACAUUAUAUCAAGUUUUAAGAGUUUUAAUUAAUGUUAAUGAACGUUAUGAUAAAACAUUUGACUCAUUAUUUACAUUAUUCUUAAAUAACUCAGAAUUUUGUUUUAACCAAACACCUAAACUAAAUUUCACAAGUAUUCUUCAAUCACUAUUCUUAUCUGGAAGUCAUUUCUUUUAUCAUUUCUUAGAAUUAUAUAGAACUCAAUGUUCUAGUUUUUCUAAAACAUUAUUUACUAAUCCUGUUUUAACUGAUUCUACUUCAAAUUUAUAUAAUGACCAAUCUAUAUUUUGGAAAUUAUAUUAUAAAAGUACUGUUUAUAAUAAUGAGCAUGUGUUAUUAACUCCAUAUAAAACAGCUCUUGAUGCUAUUGAUGAAGUUGCAAGAAAACAUACAUUAGCAGAAAGUGAUUCAGAAAUAAUUCAAAGACAUAUGAAUAUUCUUGGACAUUAUUUUAAUAGACUAGUCCCAGUUUUAAUUCUUGAAAUUGCUGAGAAAUAUCCAAGAAAUUUAAAGAUUAUUGAGUUAUUAAUUUCAUUGUCUAAAGAAAAUACAAGUAAUGACAAAUUAAAUGGAUGGAAUACAUUAUCAUCUGAAAAAAUUAAAGUCUUAAAGUUUCAUUUAAUUCUUUGUAAUAAAUUAACUGAAAUGAAUGUUCAAACAAUACAUCCAAUGUUAUUAUUAGUUGGUAAAUAUUCAUUACCAUAUAUUAUGUUACAUCAUACUGGAGUGUUAGAACAUUUAGAUGAAUUAUUACAAUUAAUUGAAGAAAAUGAUGCUUAUAAAUCAAUAUUUAGUAAUGAUUAUGCUAUGUUAAAAUGUAUUAAAUAUGUUAAUGACCUUCAUAAUUCUUUUUCAAAUUCAUUAGGAGAAACUUCAACGUUAUUACGUUCUACUUUUGGAGAGGUAUUACAUUCAUUAAAUGAAAAACAACAAAUAAGUUUUGUUCAACUUGUAUUAUAUGAAAUUUUCCAAAGUCAGCCAAAUGUAGAAAGUGUAAGAACAGUUUUAUCUUAUAAUUCUAGUGUUAUAAGUCAAGAAUUUUCUAAACAAAUGAAAUUUUUACUUCAUAGAUUAAAUACUUUAUCAUCUCUUCCAUUUGUUGAAGAUCCAUUAACACUAUUUCUUAGUGACUCAGACACUCUUCUUAGUCUUUCAUUAUCUCGUCAUAUCCCAAUUCCAUUGGAUAUUCUUGAUCCACCAGCAAGUCAAUCGUUAAUUACUUAUUCACAAAUGAAUACACUUCUUCAAAAAGGGCUUCCAGCAAAAGAAUUUAUUGAAGCACUUCUUGCAGUUCCAAAUGCUACAAAAGUAGAUCAAUUAGCAAUGUUAUUAGAAGCGAUUCAUACUUAUCCACAAGAAAAUUCAAUAGAAUUUUUUGCUGAAUGUGAAAAGUUUAUUGAUGAAAAUACACCUAAAGAAUUAACUGAUGUUCAUCAAUUAUUUAAAAAGAUUUAUACAUCAGGAUAUACACUUACUUCAUAUACUAGAUUACUACUUAGUGAAGAUCCACAUUAUACAUUUGAAAAUAUUAAUAUAUUAAAAGAAGCAUCAAAUAGAUUAAAACAAUUAUUUGAUAAUUCUGGUAAUGUAGAAAUUAAAGCUGAAGAAAAAGAAUUAAAAGAGAUUCAAACAUUAUUAUUCCAAGCACCUGUUUAUGAUAAAACUAUAAAAUUUGUAGAAUAUUUAUUAAAACUAAAUCAUCACAUGCAAGAAUAUUGGGAAUUAUGGAAUUGUAAAUCAACAUGUGCCAUUCAAUUAAUCCAAACAAUUUCACCACAACAAAUUGUUGAUUAUUUGUUCUUUGAAAAACAUGAAAUAGGUGCAGCAAAAGAAAUGUGUGAAUUAUUUAGAAUUGAUUUAUUUGGAUCAAUUGUUUAUUCAAUUCUUAUUGAAAAAACAAGAAAAUUAGAUUCAUUUACACAAACAUUAUUACAUGAUAUGGGAAGAGAUGAUCUUGCUAUUGUAUUUGCACUAUUCUCUGUUGAUCCAACUAAUUUUAAAAUACCAGUUUUUGACAUUGAAAUUAUUAAUUCAUUACCAGAGACAUUAAGACAAUUUGUUGAAAUGAAAUUAACUCAAUAUAGAGAACUUGAAAGUGCAUUCAAUCCAGGAAAUGGAGAAUUUAAUGUUAGUUUUAAUUUAUAUUCAAUGGAAGCAUUUAAAGUAUUAUUAGAUCCAAGUGUAGGAGGAAAUGAAAAAUUCCAUGAUACCAUGGCAAAUUAUUAUCUUAGUAAAGCAGAUUAUACUAAUGCUUAUUCUCAUGCAGUUCAAACCAAAUCCAAAGAUUUAGUAGAAAAAAUAGUUACAUUACAAUUAACAGAAUUAUUAAAUAAAAGAACAGCAACAAAUAAUUUAUUUGAUGAAAUAUUUGCAGUAUUAAUAAGAAUUUCUAAUCCACAAAAAAGAUUAAUUCAAACAGUUAAAGUAUUAGAACAAGGUGUAUAUUCACAAAAUCAAUGUUGGAAAUUAUUUAAUGAAUGUGUUAGUGAAAUUUCAUUAGAUAAUUUCCCUGCUAAUUUAAAACAAAUGUAUGACAAAACUAAUUUAAUACAUCAAAUAGAAAUGGUUUUAGAAGUAAAAGAAAUUGAUAUUAAUGUUAAUACAGUUGAUUUACUUUUACAAAAGAAAAAAUAUCGAUUAGCCUAUGAUUGUCUUAGUUUUAUUCAACCAGCUCCAAAAGAUAAAGAAAAACAAAUUAUAGUUACAGCAAUUUAUGUAAUUUUAGAUGGAGAUUCACAAGAAGAAGCAAGUGAAUUUGUAUCAUAUAUGUCAUCUAAAAGAACAGAUAUUUUAAAGAUUAUAGAAGAAUGUGUUCAAAAGAAUAGAGGUCAAAGUAAAUUGUCAAUAAAUGAUAUAUUAAGCAAAUUCUCUGGAUUAAGGGAUGAAGAAUUUUUAUUAGCAUUUGCCAAAGAAACUACACAACAAUAUUACGAUAAUUUUGAAAAUAAUCUUGUAGGAGGAUAUAGUCAAUUAUUUAAUAAUUUAAAAGAAAUUUAUUCACAAGCACCUACACUUGAAAUGGGGUCAAGAAUUUGUUAUGAAAAUUGUCUUAAUGUUGCUAAUCAAUUACAAAGUGAAGUUUUAUCAAGAGAAAAAAGUAGAAAUAUGGUAUGUCUUGUUUAUCAAUUAUUACAAUAUUUUGAAGAACUUUUAACUGAAGAAGAAUGUAAAAAUGAAACAUUAAAAAAUAUGAAAACAAAAAUGGAUCAUUUAAAACAAUUGGUAAGAGUUUAUUUCACUUUAAUGACUACAACACAUUUUACUUCAGGAAUUCCAUUCCAUACAUUAUUCACUAAUACUGAAAUUGCAAAAUCUUUACAUUCAGAAUUACAUGAUAAAAGUGUUUUUAGAAAGAAUGAUGCAUUAGCAAUUGGAGAAUGUCUUGGAUUAGAUAAUGUUCCUGUAUUAAUGACAUCAUUUUAUGAAACCUUACAACAAAAACAAUACCAACAAGCAAGAGAUGUAUUUGAUCAGUUAAAAGAAAAAGUAGAUAAACCAUUAUUAAUGGAAAUUGUAGAAAAUAUUUAUAUGGAAAUUGGUAAAAAUACUAAGUUUGGAGAUAAUGCAUCUUGUCAAAUGUUAGUUAAUUUUAUUAGUAAUCCUAAAUCAGUUCCAAAUAAAUUAAAUGGCAAAUCACAAGGAUUAGCUGCACCUGAAAAUAUUAAACAACCAGAUGAACAAUGGCUUCAAAUCAAACAACAAAUUAUUGAUAAUAAAAAUCGUUCAAAAACAAGAGGACAACAUUUUACUUGGGAUUCAGAAGCAAAGUAUUAUUUCCAAUUUUGUCCAUGUGAAAAACAUAAACAAUGGAUUGUUAAUAAAUAUAUUGUUGAAGGUGAAUUUGAAAAAGCAUUUGUUUAUGCACUUGAAGAACCAGUUAAAUUAUCAGAAAAUGCAUUCUUCCAAACUGUUUAUUUACCAGCAUUAUUAGAUAAUAAACAAUAUCAAAUUAUGAAAGAAACAUUAAAGAAAUUAAAAGAUACACAUCAAGAAGAUAUUACUCAUUUACUUGAUUUCUUAGAAAAGAAUGAAUUAUGGGAUAUUUAUCUUGACAUUACUCUUCAGAUUGAAUUAUAUGAAAAGGCAUACAUGGGAUCAUCUAAAUAUUUCAAUACUAUUCCUUUCACUGAUAUUGGUAAAAGAAAAGAGGUAUUAGGAUUAAUUGAUAAAAUCAUUGAAAGAUGUGGAAAUGUUAUUGAUCGUGCUAAACAUACAAUGAUGGUUAAAAAAUAUGGUGCACAAGAACGUGUAAUGGAAUUAUUAAGUUCAAUGAAAAAGGUUGAUGAAGGUCUUGCUCGUGUUAAUGUUUUUGAUUUAAAAUCUACAACUGAUGUUGCAACAAUUGCAGAAUAUUUCUUUGAGAAAAGAAGAUUCCAAUUAUUACAUGAAAUUAUUAAUGCUGUUUUAUCAUCACCAAAUGAUGAUGAAACAGCGCCUAAAACUGCGUUUGAAUAUUAUUUAGAAUUAAUAGAAGUUGCUAAAGAACCUGAAUUACUUGAUUUCUUAAAACAAAAUACAUCUCUUACUGAUGAACAAAAAGCAGACUUAAUCUUUAAAGCUGUUAGAACUAAAUUCAAAGGUAAACCAGAAAAACUCAUUGCUGCAAUUCCAUCUGAUUUAAAACAAAUUCAAGUUAAUGUAGAAUUAGAAAAAUAUCAAGACGCUUUGAAAGUUGCUAAAAAGAAUUCUCCAACCAAUGUCCGUGCUUUAAGAGACAUGCUUGCUAGUUCAAAUGACCCAAAUGCACAAAAAGUACUUGCUCAAUGUGAAAAACUCUUGAGAUAA